AGGACUUGCGUCGGGCGUUAUCUAACAGCAAAGAGGGGUCUGGUCAGAACAAGAAGAAGGGAACACCUGGAGCGGGGCCCUGCUCUCAGAGAUCUUGUCCUCAGGAUCAGUUCAGCUUCCUGCUUCAGAGCGGAGCCGCCAACGUCGUGGCUCCAAAGAUCUGCUUCCAGAACAAACUGGUCCUGGGGUCGGUCCUGAAUAACGCUGGAGUGGGAAUAAACGUGGUUAUAAUAAACGGUCGGACAGGAGUCACAUUGAAGACAGAUUUCUUCAACAUGUACAGCGGUGAUGUGAAGCCUCUGGUGGCGCUGCUGCAGGGCGUGGAGGCGGGCUCCGUGGUUCUGAUGGCGUCCUACGAUGAGCCCGCCACCAAGUUGAGCGACGACGCCCGGCAGCUGAUCUCGGAGCUCGGCAGCGUUUCGGUGAAAUCUCUGGGCUUCAGGGACACCUGGGUGUUUGUGGGGGGGAAAGGAGCCUCCAAGGACAGGGCCGUGGAGAAGCACGUAAAGAACAAUAGAGCGACAAAUAAAUACGAGCAGUGGCCCGAGCUGGUGGAGGUGCAGGGCUGCAUCCCAAAGUACCUGGGCUGAACAUCUGCAGAGGAACAGAGGACACUUUGUAUAAAAACAUCUCACACUCGUAUUCGGAAAGUCACAAAGAUGUUUAUGUGUUUAAUCUUUCCUGUUAUAUUCAAGGCCUCAGCAUGUCUCCAGAGGGUCAAGGGUCAACAUGAGACACCAAACACAGAGACACACAAUGACCCCAGAGACACACACAAUGACCCCAGAGACACACACAAUGACCC